AUGGAAAAUAAAAGUGAAUUCAAUAAAACAAAUAAUAAAGAAUUUUAUCAAAAGGAAUAUGAUAAUAUUCCAUAUCAUAGAAAUGAAUAUAUUAAUAAUCAACAUAAUAAUGUAGAUUAUACAAAUAAUAAUUAUACUCAUGAAAUAUCUUUAAUAAAUAAUAUAGAAAAUUUACAAAAUAGAAAUAACUCUAAUUUAUUAAGUGUUAACAAUGCACAAUCACAAAUAUAUAAUAAUUUUCCAUUCACUUAUGAACAUGUAGAUAUUACUUGUACAGAAAAAAAAAACGAUGGAAUAAAAAAAAUAUAUGAAAAUGAAAAUACAAAUGAAAAUAAAAAUGAAAAUAAAAAUGAAAAUAAAAAUGAAAAUGUCAAUAUAUGUAGAGAACAAAAUAAACAAAGUGAGCUAAAUAAUCCUUUUUUUCUCGAUUCUUAUAAAAAAGAAAAUAAUAUAAUAACAUGUGAUAAUAAUAUAAUAUCAUAUAACAAUGAAUCUUAUAAUUUACAUAUAAAUAAAAGAAAUACAAAUGAAACUCUUUCAAAAGAUCAUUACUUAUGUAAUAAUAACAACAACGACAACAAUAAUUAUAAUAAUAAUAAUAAUAAUAAUUUGUAUGUAAAUAAAAAUGUCAUGAUGGAUUAUUAUAUGAAAGAUAACAAUCAAAAUAACUUAAACCCCUCAAACUUUAAUAAUAUAUAUCAUCAUAUUCAAUAUCCAGAUAAUAAUAAUAAUAAUUGUAGUGUAAAUUCAUUUGUCAACAGUAGUAUGGAGGGAACAAAUAAUUAUAUUAGACAUAAUAAUAAUAUUGAUAAUAUGAAUAAUAUAAAUAAUAUUGUUAAUAUGAAUAAUAUAAAUAAUAUUGAUAAUAUUAAUAAUAUUGAUAAUAUGAAUCAUAUAAAUAAUACUGACAGUAUGAAUAAUAUGAAUAAUAUGAAUAAUGUUAGUUGUGUAAAUAGCAAUCAUUCAGAGUCAUAUAAUAAACAAAUUAUUUACAAUAAUAAUAUGAAUUGUCAUAAUAAAAACAAUUAUAAUAUAAUAAAUUAUAGCAAUAAUAAUAGUAAUAUAUCUAAUUACAAUAUGGGAGACAUUAUAUCCCCACAUAAUACAUACACUCACUCAAAUUGUAAUCUUCAAAACUUUAAUAAUUAUAAUAUGUCAAUGUAUGAUAAUAAUUCCAUAAAACAAUUAUAUCAUAAUAAUAAUAAUAAUAAUAAUAUGUAUCUACAUAAUUAUCGUAAUAAUAAUAUUUAUAAUAAUGUAGAUAGUGGAAAAAAUAUAAAUAUACCUUUUCAUAAUAAGUAUAAUGAAAAUAUAAAUACAGUAUCUUAUAAUAAUAUGAUAAAUAAUAAUAUGAACAGACAUCAUAAUGUAACACCUAUGUUUAAUAAAAUAUUUGUAAAUUAUAAUAAUGAACAGAAUAUAAAAAAUAUACAUAAUGAGAAGAAUUUAUCAAGUUGUAAAAAUAUACCUGUUGAAAAAAAUAAUUCAUUUUUUAUUAAUGAAAAAUCUCAUUUUAUAGAAGAUAAAAAAUUAUAUUAUAAUAAUAUAAUGGGUUCAAAUAAUAUGAGUAUGUUAAAUUAUAAACAUCCUAUAUAUAAUAAUAUAAAUAAUUGUAUUCAAAGAAAAGAAGAAAAUGAAAAAACAUUUCCAUCAUAUAUGAAUAAUUUAUCUGAUCAACAUGUAAGUGACCAGAAUAAUAUUCUAUGGAAGAAUCAGUCAUAUAAUAAUAUAAACAUUGUAGGUGAUAAAAAUGAAAAUGUCGAUGAAUUAUAUGAUAUGAAUUUUAAUACAUCUGCAGUAAAUAAAGAAAAAUUAAAUAUGGAAAAAUUAAAUAUAGAAAAAUACAAAACGGAUUCUUAUAAUAUAAAUAUGAUGGGACCUGUUCAUAUGGAUAAUAAAAUAAAUAGUGAUAAUAAUAAUAUAAAUAGUGAUAAUAAUCAAAUAAAUAGUGAUAAUAAUAAAAUAAAUAGUGAUAAUAAUCAAAUAAAUAGUGAUAAUAAUAAACUAAAUAGUGAUAAUAAUAAAAUAAAUAGUGAUGAUAAUAAUAAUAAUUCUCCUUGGAAUUUGAAUUUUUCAAAUUCGUUGUAUAAUAAUAAUCUCAUAAGUAAUAAUAAAAGCAAAUAUACAAAUAGAAGUAACUCCUAUGAACUUAGUUUAUUUAAAGAUAAUAAAAAAAAUAAGAUUAAUAGUAAUAAUAAUAAUAAAUAUGAUGAUAUGUUGAAUAAGAAGAUGUUAUAUAGUAUUUAUUUACAAUCAUUAUUAAAUAAUUUGAAUAAUGAAAUAUAUAAUGAUAAUAUAAAUGAAGAUAAUAAAUAUAGUUCUGUAAUUUAUAAAGAUUAUUUAAAAAGAAAUAAUAUAAAUAAUCAAUUAAUAUUAUAUAAUAAAACAAAAAAUAAUCUAUCGAAUAGAUUAUUUAAUAAUAUACCUAAUAUAAAUAAUUAUUUUUCUUAUUUAGAUUAUUAUAUUGAAUCAUUAAGAUUAUUAUAUAAUGAACUUUUAAGAAAUCGUAAUUUAAUAUUGAUAUUAGCAAAAGAAAUAUUUUCAAAAAAUAAAAAACUUGAUAAAACAAAAAAAAAUAUAUAUACUUCAAAUAAUGAAAAAUAUACAUAUAUAAGACAAUUAUUAUCAGUUCUAUUACCACAACCACCUAUGUAUCCCCCUAUAGAAAUUUGGUUUUUUAUGACUAAAAAAUAUGCAUCUCAACUACAUAAACUUCAUUUAACUAUAUAUAUUGCAUAUCAAAAAAUAAUAUAUAACUUUUCUAAUAUAUUAUUACAAAUAAAUAAUGAUAUGAAUAUUACUAAACAAAAUAAAAUCCAAAAAAAUAUAAAUGAAAGUAAUGAUUAUUUAAAUUUAUAUGAUCAUGAUGAAAAUGAAAAAAAAAAUAUUAAAGAUGAUGAUAAACAGGAAGAAAGUUAUAAUCAAAAAUUAUAUAAUUUAAAAAAUAAAACUAAUUCAGAAACUUGUGAAAAUAAUACAAAUGUAGAGAUACAAUUAGAUGAACCUAUUAUUAAUAAUACUAUACCUGUAACAGAUAAAAAAAAAAUUAUCGUUCCUUUAAAUUCUGAUAAUGAUGAAGAUCAUAUAAUAAAUAAUAUGGAUACAAAUAUGUUGAUUGAAAUAAAUAAAAAACUUGAAUAUAUUAUCACAUCUAUUAAUAAUAUUAAUAAAUUAAUAGCGAAAAAAAAAAACGUUCAAGAUAUUUUACAAGUUGGUAAUAUAAAUGAAAAAAUUUAUAAUAUUCAUAAUAUGAAUAAUAUUCAUCCUAUACAUACAAAUAAUGUGCGCACGUUUGAAACUAUCAGUGAUAAUAUAAUAUCAUGUGAUGAUGAAAACAAUAUGAAUAUUAUUGAAGACGAAGAAAAUUUUAAAAAGACAAAUGGAAAAACAAAUGAAAAAUUAAAUGAUAUAGAUAAUAUAAAUAUUGAUAAAGAAAUAAAUAAGAAUAUUGAAAAAAAUAAACAAAUACCUAUUAAUAACAAUCAAAUUAUAGCAUAUAAUAAUUUGGAAUAUAAUUCUUUGUUUAAUAAAUGGAAUAAUAUAAUAAAAUCAGAUAUACAUAAUUAUAUUUAUGAAGAAAAUCCAUUAAAUAUAUUAGAUAAAAUAAAAUAUGAUUUAAAAGAUGUAUAUAACCAAAUGAUGAAUUUAAAAAAAACGGAUAAUAUCUUAACUAUAAAUGAUAAAAUAUUACAUAAUCUUUUAAAAUUAGAUAAUUCAACUGAAAAUAUGGAUAUACCAAAUAUUUCAUAUGAUAAUAAAUGGAAAGAAAACAACAACAAUAAUAAUAAUAAUGAUGAUAAUAAUGAUGAUAAUAAUAAUGAUGAUAAUAUAAAUAAUUAUGAUUAUCAUAAUAAUAAUGAUUUUAAUUUAAUAAAUAAACAGGUUAAAAAUAAAGACAAUUUUAAAGAACCAAAUUUUAUGUCUCAUAAUGAUAAUGUAGAUGAUUUAAGUAUAUGUUCAAAUGAAGAUAUAAAUGAUAUUAUAUAUAAUAUAAAUAGAACUGAUACUAUAUUAAAAAAACUAAUGUAUCUUUCUAAUAAUUAUUAUAAUAAUAUGAUAGAAUAUGAUAAUUAUAUAUUACAAUCAUAUCAAGAUAAUGACGAUAUAUUAAAUGAAUUAAAUAAUAAUACGGUUACAUAUUACAACAAUAUCAAAAAAACAAAAUCAUUUUAUAAUCAAUUAUUACCAAGAAAAAUAAAAAAUCAAAAUAUUAUAUUUAAUAAAAAUCAUAUUAUAACACCAAAUAAUAUAUAUAAUAAUAAUAAUAAUUUGUCAGACUCAGAAUUUAUAGAGAAUAUUAUGUACCCUUGCAAUCAAAAUGAUAAUCAGAUGAAUACAAAAGAAAGCAAUGACAAUUUAAAAAAAUAUAUUUCUCAAGAAAAUAAUUUUCUCUUACCUGAUAGUAAUAUAGAAAAAUUCAGUGACUUAAUAAAUGUAGAUAUGAACAAUAUUGAAGGAAAUAUAAAUAUGUUUAAUAAUAAUAAUAUUAAUAGUAAUAAUAUAAAUAAUAAUAUUUUUAAUAACAAUAUGUAUAAUAAUAAUAAUGAUAAUAAUAUAUAUAAUAAUAUAUAUAAUAUGAAUUAUAAAAACAAUGUCAUAUCUUCUAACAAUAACUAUAUGAAUAAUAUAAACAAUGAACAAAAUUUGAAUCCUAUGAAUUAUAAUACAUAUGGUUAUGAUUUAUCAAAUAAGGUUAAUCAUUUAUUUUAUAAUAAUAAUUAUAUGGAGGGAACAAAUAAUAUAUCUAAUAAUGAUAUAAUUCAAAAUGAUAAUAUGAAAGGUGUUUAUCCUCAUGUUUAUGAUAUCAAUAGUAAGGUAAAUGAUCAAACAAAUAAUUUUGAUACAUAUAUAAAUAUACCUAAUAAAUGUUCUAGUAAGGAUAAUAAAGAAUUUCUUGGAGAAUAUAUAAAUGAUAGAGAAGAAAGUUAUUAUGAUAUAAAUGAAAACAUUAUUAUUAACAAUAUUAAUGAUAUGAAUGUUUAUGAUAGUAAUAAUAUUACUAGUAAUAAUAACAAUUUGGAUUAUAUUAAAAAUAAUGAUAAUAAUAAUAAUAAUAAUGAUCCUUUAUUUGAUAGUAGAAAUUCAUAUGAGUGUUCUUUACCACUACUAACAAAUGGAUCAUAUUACUAUGAAAAUAAAAAUAAUACUUCUUCAAAUAUCUUAUGUAAUCAAGAUGUAAAUUUAACAAAUAAUAAGUUUAUAAAUUAUGAAUCGAAUAUAUCAAAUAAUUAUAAUAAUAAAAGUAAUAUAAAUCCAAAUAAAAAUUUGAAUAUUUUUCAUAACAAUGUGUUGAUAAAUGAUAAUAAUAUAAAUGAUAAUAAUAUAAAUAGUAAUAAUAUAAAUAAUAAUAACAUUAAUAAUUUUAACAUUAAUAAUAAUAACAUUAAUAAUAAUAACAUUAAUAAUAAUAACAUUAAUAAUAAUAACAUUUAUGACCACUUUAAUAAUUUCUCAAUGAAUAGUCCAAUGAUAGAUAUGAAUUCCUUUGAAGAAGAUUCAAACAAUUAUAAUAUGGUUCAUAUCAAUCAAACAGAUAUAAAUUUAAAAAAUGGGGACCUUAUAAAUGAUAUUGAGAAUUUUUAUACACAUGAUAACACAUCUUCUCAUCUAUUAAAUUAUGAAGACUGUAAAAAUAUGGAUUUGAAUGAUGUUUCAAAUAUAGAAAUAGAACAAACAAAUAUAAUGGAUAGUAAUAAUAUGUAUAAUCAAAUAAUAGAAGAAAAUGAAACUAAUAAUUCUCAUAUGUCAUUAGAAGAAAAAAUAAAUCAAACAAAUGAUAUGUAUAAAGACGAUACUGAAAUAAAUGAUGAUUCGUUGGAGAUUUUAUUAGAAAAUAAUCAAAGUGAAAAAAAAAAAAAAAAAAACGACAAUCAUCAUAAUAAUAAUAAUAAUAAGAAUAGGAAAAACAACAACAAUAAUGACAAGAAAAAAAACGAGCAUGCACAUAAACAUGAGGAGAAUUCUAAUAAUGAAGAAGAAAAAGUACAGAAUUCUUCUAAUGAACAUGUAGAUAGCUAUAACUCAGAUAAUAACACUACAAAAGAUAAUACAAUUCUCCAAAAUAAUAUAGAAAAUACAAAUUGUAAUACAAACCAAAAUAAUAAUGUCAUUUCAAAAAAUGUUGACAAUAGUUGUAAUAAGAAUGAUAUGUCCAAUGAAAAAGAUAAUAUAAAUGAUACAAAUAAAAUGAAAUUAAAGAAAAUGUUAGAAAUUACAAAUAAAUUAAUUGGAAAAAAAUAUAGAGGCAUAUGUUAUGAUCCUACCAGAAAUGGAUGGUCUACUUUUGUAUAUAAAGAUGGAGUUAGAUAUAAAAAAUUUUUUUCUUCUUUUAAAUAUGGAAAUUUACUAGCAAAAAAAAAAUGUAUUGAAUGGAGAUUAAGAAAUCUGAAUCCUAGUUCUCAUGCAUAUUCAUUUUCUUUAAAAGCAAAAGAAGAAUUUAACGAGGUUUUAAAUGAUAAUUAUAAAGAUGUAGGUAUAUUAUAUGACAAUAAAAAAGAUAAGAAUAACAAUCCAGAUGAUGGAAAUAGAGAUAUACUAUAUAUAAAUGCUUUCUUGAAUAUAUAUAAUGACGAAAAAGUUAAGGAAAAAUAUUCUACUGAUGAAAAUGAUGAUGAAAAAAACACACAAGAAAUAAAAGUAAUUAAAAAUAAAAUUCCAAAAAAAAAAAAAAAAACACUACAAAAUUUAAGUACUAAUGAGAAAUGUAAUGAUGGCAUUGAAACGUGUAAUGAGGAUAAUAAAACUAUUAAAAUGAACAAUAAUAAUAAUAUGAUGGAUGACACGCAACAUACAUAUAAUAAUGAUAUAAUAAAAGAAAAAAAAAAUAAAAAAAAUAAAAAUAAAAAUAAUAUUAAUAAUAAUAAUAAUAAUAAUAAUGUUCUAAAUACAGGAAAAAGAAAAAAUGAUAAACAGAAUAAUAUAAAUAAUCAUACGAAUGGUGAUUCAUCUUUGUUUAAUAAUUAUGAUGAUAACUUUUUUGAUAAAAAUAAAAAUUGUAAAUUAUUUAGUAAUACAUUAGAAAAAGAUGAAAAUAUUUCAUGUGAUAUGGAAAAUGUAUCAGAUAAUGUAUUAAAAAAUAAUGAAUAUAAAAGAAAGAAAAUGUGUACAGUUCCAGGAAAAAAACUAAUAAAAGAUACAAACGAUUUUAUUGAUAUGAUGUAUACAUUAGUAGAAAGUAAUAAUACAUUUAAUAACAAUUCGGAUUUCCAAAAAGAUCAAAUGGAUGAUAAAAAUGAAGAGGAAGAAAAAAAAAAAACAACAAACAAUUUAAUAAAUAUGAAUAAUUGUGUUGAGUAUAAUCAUGAUAAUAAUAAUAAUAAUAAUAAUAAUAACACGAAGACACAAAAUAUAUCACUUAUUGACAAUAUUGAUAUUACUUUGAAUAAUAUAAAUUCGGGAAUUUCUUUAGUGCAGGAUAAUAAUAUAUAUGAUAAAGAUAAAAGUAUUAAUGAUAUUAAUAGAUACGAAAAUAUGGAAGAAAUAAAAUUUAAACACCAUAAUAGUUAUAAUUUUAUAAAUGGAGAUUACAAAAAAGAGAAACAUCUUACAUCAUAUAAUGAUAAUUUAAAAAAUAUUGAAGAAGAUAUAUUUUUUAAUAAUACUAAAAAUAAUUUUGCUUUACAUAAUAAUAAUAAUAUAAAAUUUAAGAGCGAUGAAAAUUAUUUUGCUUAUAAAGAUAAAUUAUUAAAAUAUAUAAAUGAAUGUAAAUAUACAAAUGAGGAAGAGAAACAUAUAUUUCUUCAGUUUUUAAAAAUAAAAACAGAAUGGGUAUUAGUAGAAUUAAAUAACUUAGAAGAAAAAUAUCAUCAUUAUUUUAGAAAUAAAAUUGAAUCUUUUUAUAAAAACUAUUUAUUAAAAGUAAAAAAUAAUAAAAAACAAAAUGAAAACAUAAAAGAAUUAGAAAUAAUAUUUGAAAAUAAAUUAAAUACUCCAUGGAUGUAUAUGAUAUUUCCUUAUUAUUUUAUAUCCUAUUUUAAUUAUAAAAUAUUUUGUAUUUUAAAAUGUACGAAAAAAAAAAGAGUAAAAAAAAAUACAAAUUUAAUAAAAGACAAAAUACUUACAUCAAAACUUAAAGGAGUAAAUUUUAUAAAAUAUAAAAAAGCAUGGUGUUUUACAUAUGUAGAUGUUGAUGAUAAAAAAAAAAAAAAAAUGUUCCCAGUAAAUGAUUAUGGUUUUGUUGAAUCUAAAGCUUUAUCUAUAUUAUUCAGAAAGAGUUUCUUUUUUCAUUUAAAUAAAAUACAUAAUUUUUUAAAAAAUAUUCUUUAUAAUAAAAAUAAUAUAUCAAAUACUAUAAUAAAUCAACUAAAUACUUAUAAUAAUAAUAUAAAUGAAUAUAUUGAUCAUUAUAAAAAAUAUGAAGAAUUUCUAGUAUGUUAUGGAAAAAUUAUUUAUUUUAAUGAAAUGAAGAAUAUAUAUAUAUCUAGCGAAAAUAAACAACACGCUUUAAAUUAUAUGCCAAAGGAAAUAAAACAUGAAAUAUAUAAAAAUAUGUGUUCUCAUAUGGAUGAUAAUAAAGCCAACAAUGUGGAUAAUAAUAUAUAUAAUGAUAUGGAUAAUAAUAUAUAUAAUGAUAUGGAUAAUAAUAAUAUAUAUAAUGAUAUGAAUAAUAAUAUAUAUAAUAAUAUAGAUAAUAAUACAUAUAACCAUAUAGAUAAUAAUAUAUAUAAUAAUAUUUGUACCAGAAUUGAUCCAAUGAACCUAUUAAUAACUACUAGAUAUUAUUUUUUAAAAAAAUCAAAAAUAAUGAAUUUUCCCAAAGGCUUAGUUUAUUUAUCUGGAUAUUUUUUAUGGCUAGUUGCAUUUUUAAAUAAUAAUAACCAAGAAAUAAUUAUAUCCUUUUCUGUACGUAAAUAUUCAUAUGAUAUAGCUAAAUCGAAAUGUUUAGAAUGUUAUUAUUGUUUAUUACAUAAAUAUAAAUUUAAACCACUUAAUAUAUCCGGUGUUAUAGAUAUUGUAUUAGAGAGUGAUAUCGAAUGUAAAAAUUAUAAUUUAUUAGAUUAUUCAUCUGAAGAUAUUAUGUCACUAGAAUAUCUAUUUCAAUAUUUUUCUCCAUCAUCAUAUGUUUUACAUAAUAAUACAUUAUAUAAAAAAAUUAUAAUAAAGAAUCAAGAAUUACAUAAGGAAUAUGAUAAAUUAUUUCCAGGACAAUAUGUACAUUUGAAUACAUAUCAAACAUAUCAAAUAACAAAUAACGAUUUAAUAGAUAAUAAUAUAAAAUCUGCAAACGUUGAAAUGGUUUCUAAUAUAUCUAAUGAAAAUUUAUCGCAAGAAUAUAAGAAUAAUUAUAUAUAUUCUAAAAAUGAACAAAAUAAAUUGGGUACUAUGAUAUAUAAUAAAAAAGAGGAGUACCAUGAUAUAUAUAAGGACCAAACGAAUAAAAAUAAGGAGGAGCAUAUAUCAAAUAUGAAAAAUAUAUCAAAUAUGAAGAAUAUAUCAAAUAUGUCAAAUAUAUCAAAUAUGUCAAAUAUAUCAAAUAUAUCAAAUAUAUCAAAUGAUUUAUCUCCUUUACUAUAUGACCAUCAAAAUGUUACAUAUAAUCAAAAUGACAAGAAAAGUAUUCCCUUAUGUUUUUCAGAUGAUGAAGAAGGUAAAGAAAUUAGUGAUAAGAUAAAAAAGAAAAAAGAUAACAAUUUAAAUUGUAUUCCUAACUUUCACAAUGAAAUAAAUAAAAAAGGUACUAACUCAAAUAUUGCAAAUCAUAAUAUAAAUGGACAAAUGAAUGAUUCGAUGAAUGGACCAUCCAUGUACGAAAAAAUUAAUAUGGAUAAUAAAAAUAAUACUAACAAAAUUGAUGAUAAUAUAAAUAAUAAUAAUAAUAAUAAUAAUAGUAGUAGUAGUUGUUGUUGUUUUUAUGUUGAAAAUGUGAACAGACAGAAUGAUAGUACUAAUACAGAGAAUUUGUUUACUUCCAAAACGGUUGAAGACACAUAUAACCAAACAUACUUAAACAAUGAUUAUUACAAAAAGAUAUUAAAUAAAAAGAUAUGCUUCUUUUUUGAUAAUAAUAUACAAGAUAUUUAUUUAAAAAAAUAUUAUAAUGAAUUGUUUAAUGAAAAAUUAAAUGAAGAAGAAAAUAUAAAAAAUGAACAUAUUUUAUUCAAAACAAUUGAUAAAAAAGAAGAAAAUAUCGGAAUUUUUAUUUUAUUAAAUUGUCAAUGGUUAUCUGAUUCUUUUGUUAAUAACAUUAAUCAAAUAGAAACGAAAUAUGCCGAUAUUUAUUCUUUUAAAAAUUAUCUUAAUACAUGUGAAGAAGUUUAUAAUUGGAAAUAUAAAAAGAAUUUUAUUAAAGAAUGUGCAGAAAUUUCAAAAAAAUUUCCAAGAAUUGUUGGUGUUCAUUAUGAUUCUUAUGCAAGUGCAUGGGUUGUUAAUUGCUCAUUUAAUAAAAAAAGACAUGAUAAAAAGUUUUCCGUAAAAACAUUUGGAUUUCUACAAGCAAGAAAACUAGCUAUUGAAUACAGGGAAAAAUGGAUACAAUUAAAAACUUUCCAUCGUCUAAACAAUUUGAAAAAAAAAAAAGAAAAUCUAUAA